AGGUCAUCGGAACUUCUCGGAUAAUUUUUCCAGACGAACCGGCAUCGAUCGCCGCAUCGGCAUGAUGAAACUAGAGAGUUGAAUCAGGACAAAAUAGUGUGCGACGAAGAUGUGAGAAACUACUUUUAUUGAUCCGCAAUGAUAUGUAUUUCUACUAGUUAAUUGGCCUGAGGUUAUCAUACCCAGACGUUUUCAUUGCAUUCAAAGUCCAGGAUAUUUUCAUCCUUCGGCGAACGCCUGACUCCAACUGUACGACUCUCAACGGUAUUUAUCAUAGCAAUUAUAAAAGUUUGCAAAGAAAGGAAAAACACGAGACGACCCGUUAUGCUAACGAACAGAUGAGAAUUACUUCUGAUUAGCAACGUUCGUUGAAACAAUUCGAAAAAAAACUCAUCCUCGUGGAAAAUUUGCGAAAUUAACGUGUCAGGUUGAUGGCUGCAUAUUGCCGAUUGAUGCGUCGGGAUGCGAAAAAAAAAUCAAACAGCUCCUCGACAAACAGCGAUUGGGGAUAUUGAGCUAUGAUCGAUGACCGGAACUCAAUAAUGUGCCACGUCCCGUGAUUCUAUGUUCUUUGGCGAUAAAGAUAACCCCUGACUAGCUCGUUUUCACCUUGAAUCAUGCUAUCAUCGAUAUCAAAAAACGCUGGAACGAAUAUCAAAGCUUUGUUCUACUAGUAGCAUCCCCGCGUUAUCGCCGCAUCCUGCGAGUGCUAUCGAUAAUAUUGUUAGUCACAGUGAGCGUGCCAAUCAAGCCGUAACUACCAGGUGUCCACGAGUUCCGAUAUUGAAUAUUUGGAUACCCUAACUGCUGAGAUUUUAUCCAAGGAGUUUCGCUAAGACUAAUUCUCGCUAUUACGAUCAGCGUUGGAACGUCGCAUAAAUCAUUGGUCUCGAAGAUUAUGGCGGCCGAAGUGCAUCUCGGUCUGCUCAUAAGCCUCACCUUUUUUUUCGGUUCGACGACAGCCGAAUGGGGUACACCGCCAUUCCUAGCACCGGAUAUUGUCGAUGAAGCUCUGGAAUUCAUCGGCUACAAUGAUUUCCAAGAUCAAACAAACAUUCGAUUGAAGGAAGAAGUCACGUACAACGUGACCAUCGCGCAGUUUAAUUACGUCGGGACUGAUACCCCGGUUUUGGGCACAUUCGAUGACAACAAAAGCAAUCUUUUUCUCGGAGCUGUGAUCGAAAAAGAUUUAUCCGGCGUAUGGCAGCUGGUGGUUACCAAGACUCAAGAUUAUGAGGUGGAUGCCAUGCAAAGCUACAGAUUUCGGGUGGCAGCUGGCGGCGAGACUCGUAGAAUUGCCCUCAACGUUGUUAACGUCGACGAUAAUGCCCCCGUCAUCCAAGCGGACUCGCAAAGCUGUUCCGUUGAGGAAAAUUGGAGCGGACGGACGAAAUGCUCUUUUCGAAUCAGCGAUGCCGAUGGUGACAUCGAUCGUGUUACCUUCGAGAUAAUAGCGUCCCCCACGAGUGGGACCGGAAGCUUCAGCAUGGCAAAGGAGUAUCUGAGUUGGACGACCAGAGAAAUGAUCGGUUACUUGCAAGUUGACAAAAAUUUUGAUUAUGAAACGAUAACUAUGUACUUGCUCCAGAUAGUCGCAGAGGACGGAGAAGGUAACCGAGGCAAUACUUCUUACGUGGUACAAGUAAUCGACAGGCCAGACGAACCGCCAGUAUGGACGAAUAUGUUUUCGGCAACGAAUAUAUUCGAGAAAUCAACCAACCAUUUCGAGGUGUCCGCCAUCGACGGGGAUUUCGGUAUCAACGCAGAAAUCAGUUACGAGAUUAUCGCUUCGGAAGGCGAGGAGGAUUAUUUCGAGGUAAAUUCAAAAACUGGAGAGAUUACGAUUAACCCCAUCGAUCGGGAUACCCUCGCUAAAGAAGUUUUCAGGUUUCUGAUUGUCGCUUAUGAAACUCUCGACACAUCCGAAAGAAUCAACUCCACAGUCGUUAUAAUCGUUGAGGACACAAACGACCAUAAACCCGAAAUCUCCCCGGACGAACUGUCCAUCGAAAUUGCGGAGGAAACUUUUGUCACCUUAGAAUUCAAUCGUUCGAUCGCAAUAACCGAUCCAGAUCUCGCCGAAAAUGCUCAAUUCACUGUGGAGUUGACGGACGAUUCGGAAUUCGAUUGGAGUUCGGCUUUCUUAGUGAUACCAAACAGCGGUUACCAGUUAGGCACGUUUAUCAUAACUGUGAUAAACGCCAGCCUUUUAGACUACGAAGACGCAAACUGGAGGAAUAUGAAGAUUCAGAUGAUCGCGACGGAGGUAGCGAACAAUUCGCACAUUGGAACUCGAGAUAUCACCAUUAAUUUGGUGAAUCGGAACGAUGAAAUGCCGAUAUUCGAGAGCCCGCUCGUCACAGUUGCAAUACCCGAAGACGUCCCGAAGGACGAGUACAUCGCCACAAUGCUGGCGACCGAUCGGGACAUCGAUGACGAAGUAAAACACGCACUGGUAUCGCAAAGAACAUUGACAAUGAAUGCCGAUACCGGAGUUAUUAGAACCGCUCAAGAUGGAGCAUUGGACUAUGAAACCAUCCCCAUCGUGGUGGUCCAGAUCACAGCCACUGACCAUGCGAAUCAUGUAACUUACGCGACACUAAUGAUAAAUGUCAUUGACGUUAAUGACGUGCCACCUAUGCUCUCCAUGCCGAGAUUUCAACCACGCAUUGACGAAGAAGGAGAUAUUGGAGAAGAGAUCAACGCGACGAUUUCGGCGACUGACGUUGACACAGCAUCCGAAAUCGUUUUUAGCAUUGAUUGGGAUAGCUCGUACGCCUAUAAGAGCGGUGUUACCGUAGAUGAAGAAGCGUAUCGUGGGCACUUGGAAAUCCUGACGACUUACCCCGAAGGGCAUACUCGUUACGCCGAGGGAAAGUUGGUUGUCGCUGGUAGAUUAGACUACGAGCAGUUCGAUGAUUUAUACCUAUCGAUCGUCGUGACGGACACGAAGACGGUGCACAAUGAUAAUUCCACUUCUGCCCUACUAACUCUCGUCAUCCUUGACAUUAAUGACAAUAAACCAAUUUUUGAGCAGUACACUGCUAUGAGUGUCACUGAGAAUCAGAUUAGCGAUACUUUGAUCGGGAACGUGCUUGCACUGGAUGCUGACGGUCCAGGAAAUAACGUUGUUACGUACACCAUAGCACCGAGAAAUGGAACCGCGAGUGGUUUGGUAAAAAUAAACUCUUUGACCGGGGUAAUAACGGUAGACUCCGACAAAGCAAUCGACGCUGAAGUCUACGAGUUCUUAUACUACACCGUCGAUGCUUCGGACGGCGUACACAAUACCUAUUUGGAGCUCGAAAUUUUCGUGAUAGAUCAAAACGAUGUUGUACCGAAUUUGUUGUCGGACGAGUACGACACCACCUUGUACCUCAGAGAAAAAUCGCCAAGUGGAACUUGGAUUGUGACAGUGAAAGCUGAAGAUAAUGACAGAACGUCACCCUUCAACAACGUCUCCUAUCUGUUGAAUUCAGACUAUGGUCAGCUCUUCUCGUACUUUAGCAUGGGAAAAUAUAGCGGAGAUUUGGAGAUCUCACUGUCAGAUGGAUACAUUUUGGACAGAGAUUACGGUACGCCUGUAUUCACGGUGUAUUUGACACUCAGAGACAAUUUCCUGGAUGACGGGGUUACCUGGAAUACGAAUUCCAUCACGGCGAGCGUCACCGUUAUCCUUACAGAUAUCAACGACCAGAUCCCAGAACUCCCGGAACUUUCUGAUCCCGCAGCAACCGUUUCCGAAAGCACAAUUAUGGAUACCUUGGUCCUAACGGUCACCGCUGUGGACCACGAUCAACCAGGCACAAAUAACACGAGAGUAUUUUACGAAAUACGCAGUGUCACGCGGACAGACAAAACGGCGGUCUUCAACGACGAUUGCCCGAUUCCUUUCAAAGUUGAAACCCAGGAUGAUUCUGAUGCGUUAAUAUAUGCCAACUGUGACCUGAAAGGAUACUACGGUACCUGGGCUAUCGAAUUAUACGCGCAAGAUUUGGGAACAGAUCCUUCGUCGCAAAACGAUACAAGAAUUUACAACAUAUUCGUCGAGGAUUACAACUACUAUAAUCCAGUAAUUACUUACCCAGUCAAUGGACGAAGCAUUCGGUUGAGUCGAAAUCAAACCCUGAAUUCGCAGCUCUUUACUCACGAUCAUAGUCGCCUGAAUGAUUUCACGGCCACAGACGGAGAUAGUGGUCCCAGUGGAACGGUUACUUUCGAACUCAUCGGAUCUGAAACUGCACUCGAAUAUUUCACGCUCAUCGCAACGGGCACCGGAACUGCUCAGCUUCAGCUUAUCAGACUGCCAUCGAACUGGGACGAAUACACUUUCGAUAUUGAAAUAUUCGUCACCGAUCAUGGCAUGCCGAAUAGAACAACGACGCAGAGGAAUACCGUCUUCUUCAUCUCGACGAAUGGUCCUGAAUUUUCCGAGAACCAGUGGACCGCUUGGUUCUCCGAAACUUCUAUCGGACUCCAAACAUCUGUAAUUAUACCUGAAGCGUCAGACAUGGUGAACGUUGACGUUGACGAGGCUGACAAAGUUAAGAUUUACUACUUCUUUACCAGCGAAGAAGGUGACAUGUCCUAUUUCACCCUUGACAAGGAGACGCGAGAACUCACUUUGAUCAAAGAAUUAGAUAGAGAGGCGCAAGAACUGCUGACACUUUACGUCGUCGCUACGACGAACAGUGAGACGAUUCCGGAAAAUCCAAGAGAAAAGGCUACCCUCGCUAUAACUAUCAUAGUUGUCGACGUAAACGAUAAUCCACCAUCUUUCGAGAGCACUACGUACUUCGGUGGAAUCACUCCCGAAGACGUACUUUCUAGAGUGAUACUAACAGUUGUUGCGACGGAUGCAGACUUUAACGAGACCUUGAGCUACACAAUCGAAGAGGGGUCGAUGAACUAUACAGACUCUUCGCUGUCUUCGAUCUCCACACCGUUCGAAAUGGAUCGUGGAACGGGGGACUUACUGCUUCGGUUCAAUCCGCUCUCCACAAUGACCGGAUACUUUGACUUCACUGUCCUAGUGCACGACGCGGUCAAUCACUCGGACUCAACAAACGUGAAGGUCUACAUCGUAGCGCAAAGCAAUCGAGUCGCCUUUACCUUUCGAAAUACUAUUACCGAAGUCUCCAGUCAAACGGCAUUUGUCAUUUCAUCGUUCACUGAAGCUUUUGGGUAUAUUUGCAACAUCGACUACGUGACCAGGUCUCUUGCGGAGGACGAAAUCACCAGUCUUGAUAACGAAACGAUCGUGACCACUCAUUUCAUCGAUCAGUCAACCAACCUGCCGAUUAAUUCGGACGUCAUCGUACUGGCAUCAAACAACGUGCAGACCAUCACUAAUCUCAAGGUCACGCUACUCACGAGAUCCCUGAACUUGAUCGACGUGCCUUCCGAUACGUCGCAGACGGUUUCUAACAUUCAAGAAAUCAUUCAGUCGGUUCUCAUCGCACUUUGUGUUCUUUUGCUUGUUUGCUGCAUCGCUCUUGCCACUGCUUAUGUAAUUAAAACUAGACGACUGACCGCCCGGCUCGAUAAAUUGGCAGUAACUAAAUUCGGAUCUCAAAGCUCAGGGUUGAAUCGAAUCGGCGUAGUUCCAACGAGCAAUAAAUUUGCCAUCGAAGGAUCCAACCCCAUGUGGAAUACCGACGAAAAAAUUUACGACGAAACGAUCAGUCAGGGCAGCUACGAUUCGGACUUGAUCGGAAUAGAAAAUCAUCCUAAUUUCUCUUACAGCUAUGACGCCGGUGACGAGGAUUUACCUCAAGAGCGACGGGGAAGUUUAAACCCCGUGAUGGCGAAUCAACUGGAAGCAAGACGAGACAGUCGCAAUCCAAUGGCUCUUCCAAAGCAAAAGAAAGAAGUGCCAACAACGGAUCUGUAAAAGUAAAAUGACCGUGAAUAUUCAAUGUAUAACAACGUUUUGUCAUUCAAUGCGCCCAUUUAAUACAUAGUCUAAUUUCGUAUAAAACAGAAAAGAACUACGAGCCGGGCUGCCUACGAAACUUCCUGAGUUUAUUAUACCGUUCGAUUUCUCGUUUACAAAAAUGAAAAGUAGCACAAAAUAAAUGAGUGUUCAAAAAUCUGUAGUGAAUAAAAAUUUUGUGAUUUAUAAUGUAUUGAUGGAUUGUAAAUAUUAUAUAUUAUUUUCAUAAUAAAAUGAAUAACUUAUA